AUGUUCGACGCUGCCUUUAUCUCUUCGGUCUUCGUCGCUCUUGUCGCCGUUGCUGGCGUGCGCGCCGAAACACAUACAAUCACCUUCACCAACAAAUGUGGCAAAGGAACGCCAACCCUUGUCAGUCAGAAUGGCCAGAUUCUGUCGACCGGCGGUGCAUACACUAUCAACGGACCACUCAGAGGCGCAAUUGCGUACCUCCAGACUGGACCCUGCGGAUUAAACGGAGAGAACUGCAUCAUAGUCGAGACGUCUCUGGUCAAUGGUGCAUCCAGCACCGAUCUCAGCCUUAUCCCUCCCCACGCUUUCCAGAUCACUACAGGCUUCGGCUACUACAAUGGGUGCAACGGUGCUGGCGCAGACUGCACGUUCAAUGGGUGCUAUCCCGCGUUUUACGAUCCCAGCCAGACGUACAAGCAAGUCGGAUGCUCGGCCAACAACGUUGACCUUGCGAUCACCUUCUGUGACUGA